CCCAUCUUAUCUCUCUCUUUUCAUCAUUAAAUUGGUCCGUUCAAUCGAUCGCCGGAACUUCAUCUCCGUUACACGAGCUGCCAACAUUCCGGCGAUCUUCCUUUCCCCACGACUCUUUUCGAAUUUUUGAUCAAUUAAUGGUGAUAAGAAGCCAAUCCUUUCCCGAAAAUUAAAAAAAGUAAAAGGAAGAAUCUCAUGGGAAUGACCGUUCCCCCUUCUGUGAUCUGAAUUUAUGAAUCUCUCCUUAUCCAUUUUUGAAUUUAGUUUCUAGGCAAUUAUGCCAUGCAUUCCGAUCUAUUGAAAUCUCAAAAUCACCGUUGUCGACUUCCGAAUCCCUGGCUCCGUUAGUCAACCUAAUCCUUGUUAUGUUUUUUAUUUUUUGGGGGGAAAGAUGUUGAAAAAAAUUAUCAAAGGGAGCAAGAAGCAUUCCAAAUCGGAUUCAAUGUUAAUGGAUUCUGGGUCCCGUCUACCAGGUUCCGGUACUAUCUUGUCGGAUCCAACACCAAAUAUGGUCGUCAACCACGCACCAAGCACUAAUUCCAGCAGCCAUGUGGUCGCACUCCCACCCCCGAUGACCACCGUCGAACCCUUGCCGUUAUUACGAGACGCCCCUGUUUCGGAGAGACAAAACCUACUCUUGCGAAAAUUACAGAUUUGCUGCUUCCAAUUCGAUUUCGUAGAUGUCCUAAAAUCGGCCCGUGAAAAAGAAAUCAAACGGCAAACGUUGCUGGAACUUGUCGAUUUUAUUCAAUCAGGGUCUAGCAAAAUCACUGAGAUAUGCCAGGAAGAGAUGAUUAAAAUGGUCGGAAUCAACAUUUUCCGGAACCUUCCUCCAGCGUCUCACGAAAGUACGGGGCAAGUAGCCUCGGAUCCUGAAGAAGAGGAUCACUAUUUGGAUCCCUCGUGGCCACAUUUACAGAUUGUAUACGAGCUUCUUUUGAGAUAUGUUGUGUCUCCUGCUACGGAUACUAAGGUCGCAAAGAAAUACAUUGAUCAUUCAUUCGUUUUGAAGUUGCUUGAUUUGUUUGAUUCGGAGGAUAUCAGGGAAAGAGAGUUUUUGAAAACAAUUCUUCAUAGGAUUUAUGGUAAAUUCAUGGUGCAUCGACCCUUCAUUAGGAAGGCCAUAAAUAAUAUUUUCUAUAGGUUUAUAUAUGAAACAGAGAGGCAUUAUGGGAUCGGGGAGCUUUUGGAGAUUCUAGGGAGUAUUAUUAAUGGUUUCGCAGUGCCUAUGAAAGAGGAACAUAAGUUGUUCCUUGUGAGAGCGUUGAUUCCUUUGCAUAAGCCGAAACAUAUUGCCAUAUACCAUCAACAGUUGUCUUAUUGUAUUACACAAUUUGUCGAGAAGGACUAUAAGCUAGCUGAUAUAGUUAUCAGAGGGUUGUUGAAGUAUUGGCCAUUGACUAAUUGUCAGAAGGAAGUUCUCUUCCUCGGGGAACUUGAGGAAGUACUUGAAGCAACACAGUCUGCAGAGUUCCAACGAUGUAUGGUUCCUCUUUUCAGACAGAUUGCACGUUGCCUCAAUAGCUUACAUUUCCAGGUUGCAGAGAGAGCUCUCUUCUUAUGGAAUAAUGAACACAUUGUGAGCUUAAUUUCCCUGAAUUGUCAGGUGAUAUUACCAAUCAUAUUUAAGGCAUUGGAGAGGAAUACCCGAAGUCAUUGGAAUCAGGCAGUUCAUGGUUUGACCGUGAAUGUGCAGAAGAUGUUCAUGGAAAUGGAUGCAGAGUUGUUCGAUGAGUGUCAGAGAGAGUUUGCAGAGAAAGAAGCCAGAGCGCAAGAGGUUGAAGAGCAACGAGAAAUGACAUGGAAGAAACUGGCGGACGUGGCCGCAAAGAGAGGAUGACGCUCAUGGAAAUGGAUGCAGAGUUGUUCGAUGAGUGUCAGAGAGAGUUUGCAGAGAAAGAAGCCAGAGGACAAGAGGUUGUAGAGCAACGAGAAAUGACAUGGAAGAAACUGGUGGAUAUGGCAGCAAAGAGAGGAUGACGCAACAUGGUAACAGUCUUAACUAUUACUGUCGGUUUGUUCAGCAUAGAAGUGAUUCGUUUUCCUUUCUCCAUUUUGGUGGUAUUCUUUUUCUUUUGCAAAAGUUUCUUCUUUUGAAUUUUAUUUUUGUUGUCAAUCUGAUCGAUGAAGAUACAUUUAAAAUGCAUGGAAUUUGUUAGUAUCAUGCUAAAGAUUAAGAAUGAUCUGUGAGGAACGACUUUUAUUACAUGGAAUUUUCGUUCUU